AUGAGCUACGACUACGAGCCUCCGCGCACACGCCGCUACGUGCGCGAAGAGCGCCGUGAGGAGAGGAUCGACCCUCGUUAUGCAGACGAUGGUUACUUGAAGGUCUACCAGUCACGCGAAAUCAUUCCCAAGGCCCGAGAGAACAGCGAUCUUUCUAUUGAAGAAGUCCGCCGCGAUUUCCCUCCUCCGGGCUACAGAGACUCCCGGAGAACCCGUUCAGCGGAGCCAGGUUACUACGAUGACUACCGAGGCUACGACGACCGAGACCGAUACUACGACCACGACCGCGACCGCGAAUAUGACCGUCGUACCAGGAAGGCGGGGAGUGUUGUUUACGCCGAGGAAGAGAGGUCUCGCAGGCGCGUACUCAAUCAGCAAGAAAAAAUCAUAGCCGCUGUUGCCGGCGCAGCCUUGGCAUUCGGUGGUAAGGAGCUCUACGACAGAAAAGAAGCCAAGGAACAUGGCAGCGAAGUUGAGCGUAACUACCUGACUUCUGCAGCCUUGGGCGCUGCCGGGGCACUGGCCGGCUACCAGGGAGCCGAGUACUACAGCAAACGCAAGGAAAAGGAGGAGGACAAGUCCACCUACGUCGUCCAUCGUGGCCGCGACGGCAGGGUAACCGAGUACUACUCCGAUGAUGAGGGCGAGAGGGAGAAGAAAGGCAGCAAGUCCUUCUUGGAGAACGCUUUGGCAGCCUCCGGGUUAGGAGUUGCAGUUAAGGCCCUCACAGGAGCUGGUGGUGGUGAUGACCGGCGCAGUGACACACGCAGCCGGCGAGGCAGCCCGGACUCCAGGGGCUCUCGGUCCAAGUCCCGAGGGCCGGGAGGAGAAGCCGCCAACAAGAUGCAGAAGGCGGCUAUGGCUUCCCUUAUUGCCGGAGCCACCGAGGCCUUCCGUGUUGCCAAGGAACCCGGCGGCUGGAAGGGUGAAAAAACCAAGCGCAUCAUCACCGCGGCUGCCGGUGCUGCCACCAUCGAUGCUGCUCAAAGUGGCGAGAAGCAAAGCAAGCUGGGACUGGCCGAAUCCGUCAUCGGUGGUUUGCUGGGUAACCGUGUCAUCAACGGAUCCAAGAGCAACAUCGAAGAAGACCGGAAGACCGGUCGAAGCCGAUCGCGGUCGCGCGCUCGUUCUGAUGGCGGAGGUGGCGGGCCAGGACUGGCCGCUCUGGCCACAGCCGGACUGGGCGCCUUUGGAGCGAAGAAAGCAAUCGAAAAUGUCCGGUCGCGCAGCCGAGGCCGCAGCGUCGACUCUUACGAUAGCCGGGCCUCUAGUCGCAGUCGCGACGGCCGACGCCAGCGGAGCAGGAGCCGCAGCGUUGUCGAUUCAGCGCGCAAGAAGCUCGCCAAGAUUGGCAUUGGCAGCGACCCCGAGGAGAAGGAGAGGGACAAAUACGCCCGUGACGACAGCCACUAUGAUGACCGCAGCUCCCGUCGUGGUGUAAGCCAAAGAUAUUCCGAUGAAUACGACGACGACGACGAUCGAGGAUACGCCCGCAGUGGACGUGACGCCUAUGACGACGACAGGUCUUCGUACACGAGCCGGCGCCGGGACCGUUCCCGCCGUAGAGGAGGUAAAUCGGAUGUGGGUUCGGACUCGGACCUGGGGGACUCGGACGACGACGAGAAGCGCGCUAGGAAAAUGAGAGGUAAGCAAGUCAUCACUACAGGCCUCGCGGCCGUUGCAACCAUCCACGCGGCACAUGGAGUCUAUCAGAGCAUGGAGAAGCGCAAUGCAAGGCAAAAGGCUGUGAGGGAAGGACGUCUCAGUCCACAAGAGGCCAAGAAGCUCAAGACGAAGGCGAUGGUGCAAGACGCCGCAUCUGUCGGCAUCGCAGCUCUCGGUAUAAAGGGUGCCUGGUCCGAACUCAAAGAGGCCAAGGAGAUGAGCCACGAAUGCAAGCAGUUCCAACAAGAAAAGGCACUUCGACAUCAGAAACGACUAGAACGGCAGAAGAGGCUCAACAGCGGCUAUGACAACCGAAGAAGCAGGGCUGGCGACUGGUACUCUUCAGCGUCUCCGCGGGAAGACCGGUACGAUUACGGGUCCACAUACUACGACGACAACCCGUACUCUGCCGGACGCUUGCCCGCACCUCCUGUUGGUUACGAUGACAGGAGGUACAGGGACUAA